ACCUAUAAUUCGCGCGGAAACUUCAUAUUGAACAUAACCUGAAAAGAUAUUGAUAUACAUAUGUUAUUCAAGUAUACGCAAUGUGUAAGCAUGUAUACGCAGUAGAUCUGAUAUACUUACAAGAUGGGGUUAAUUAAGUAAUUACGGAGAAAUGCGAAUAUUAAUUACUAUACCAAUUGAAUGGAUAGAAACAGCAAGCUAUCGAGUAAAUAGAUGAAAAUGUAUUUUCCUGAAUUUUGAAGAAAUUUACAGUAUGGAGGACUUAAAAUGUAAAUUUUUCGGUCUUAUUAACAAGCAGAAUACAACCAAAAUUCCAUUAAUGGGUUUACAUCCAGAUCUACUUAAUCCGUCAGAAUCACAGAAAUCAGAUGAUAUACAAUCAGAAGCUGACCAAUCAACAGAAAGUGAACCUAUCCCUGAUCAAGACAUAUUAGAAUCUAUAGAAGAGAUUUAUUUUAAUACAGACCAUAAUUUUGAUCCUUGUAGACACGAAUUGGAGAAGUUACCAAAGGUGUUGCAAUCUAAAGAAAUUGAAAAAUGUUACAAGAAAUUGAAGCAGCAACAUCAAGUUGUUUCUAAGAAAGUUUUACAACUUAUAUUACAAAAGCAGAAUGCUUGUAACAAAGAGUUUGAAAAAAUUUUACUGAUACAAGAACAAUUACAGGAUGUGUUAGAAAUUUGUAGAAUGGGAAGAGCAGAUUUAAAAUUAGCUGAAAGGCAAUUUACUACAGCUAGUUUAGGAAUAUUAGCAAAUUAUCAAAAAAGGCAGAUUAUAGAAGAAUUAUUGAAUAAUUUAAAUACUAUCAAGACAUUGCAACGUACAGGAGAUAGAUUACAGGAGUUAUUAAAUGAAAAAAAUUAUCCCAGAGCAAUCUCGUUACUUUUAGAAUGUCAAAGUGCUGCACAGACAUAUAAACAUUUCCAUUGUAUUGCUGCUUUAAAUGGAAAGUUACAGGAUAUUUUAGAACAAGCAGAGGAAGCCUUGGAUGUUACACUAUCAAAGAUGUGCACGCAAUUUGAUGUAACAAUAUAUACGUCUAUUCAAGAAGCUUAUACUUUAUUAGGAAAAACUCAAUCUGCGAUGGAUCAAUUGCAUAUGCAUUUUACUGCUGCAAUUCACAAUACUGCUUUUGCAGCAGUUCAUUCGUAUGCGGGCGGAGAUACAAAGAGACAAUAUAAACAACUUUGUCAAUCAGUGCCCCGGGAAAGUUGCAUUAUUUGUUUAACAGAAUUGUGUAAAUCAUUAUGGACAAUAUUAAGCUCUUAUUAUUUGGUAGUAAAUUGGCAUAACACACAAGAAAAUAAAGUUAAACUUAAAGCUGAUGUAAAAGAUUUAGAAGAGACUUUUAGCAAACAAUAUGUGAAGCAUAAAUUAGAAAACAGUAUGAUUCGUAUAUGGCAUGAUGUCGAAAUGAAGAUUUCGAUAUUUUUAAUGAACGCUGAUUUAACUUACAUUAAAUUUGAACAAUUUGUUCAAGUUUUAGGUAUAGUUAACAGAUUAAUGGAAAUUGGGGAGGAGUUAUGUGGUUUUAAGUCAGAAAAUCUGCAAGAAUCUAUAAGGAAGCAAUCAUUGUCAUAUUUUUCUCAUUAUCACGCAUCGAGACUAGAUGAACUCAGGAUAUUUUUGGAAAACGACGGGUGGGAAUUGUGCCCCGUGAAAUCGAAUUUUGUGGCAACUCAGUUACAGGAAUUUAAGAGUUUAAAACCAUCGCUAAACAGUUGUAAAGUAUGGAACAAUUUUGAUAACUCUAACGUUGGUGAAAAUGAUAGCCCUAUAAGUAUAGAGUGGAUUCAGAAAUAUUUAGAAGGGGGGUCAUCGCCAUUCUCUAUAGGUCUAGAUGAUACCAUGGACGAAGAUAUUUUGAUUAGUAAUGAAGAUAAUCCUCCAGAAUAUUUUUCGGAUGAAUCGGACGAUGAUAUCCCUGAUGAAUUAAAACACGAAUACGUUGAUGAUUCAGAUCAUGUUAAAACAAAUAAAAAAAAAUGUAAACUAAAACAAUCAGGACCCAUGGUUACAAACACAACACUAAGUAUAUUGCGCGUUUGUGGAAAGUAUUUGCAAAUGUCUAGAUUAUUACGAUCAAUCGCAGUUACGGUUAUACAAAGUAUGAUACAGUUUUACGAGUUAUGUUUUUAUACUGUACAUUUAUUCUUUACUUCAGAUUUGCAAAUAAAUAGUGAUUCUUUAUAUAGUCCAAAACUGAAACUAUCUCUAGCAAGAAUUAAGGAGAAUUUAAUCAUUUGUGAAAAUGAUACAGAAGAUAACAUUAAAUUAAAUUCCGAUAAAGUACGACAGCCGCAGCUCUCUUCCAUUGUAAAUUUAUCGCAACCGGAAAGGCUUCACGGUUUGACUGAACGUAUCGUAGGAGUGGAAUCUCUAAUAUUUUUAGGUCGGCAAUACGAAAGUUUGAAGCCGUACUUGGAACAUCUUAUCGGUGCUAGCCCACAACGUGGUUUCCUUCACCAAUUUUAUAUGCAAACAAUAGCAUCGAGCACGGAUUUAAGGAAACCGGUAUAUAUGGCAGUUGCAUCUCGAGCAUUUGAUGUUUCAAAUAUUUUAAAUUUAAUGAAUAAAGUUAAUUGGGAAGUGACUGACGUUAUGUCUCAACAUAGUGGGUAUAUCGAUGCAUUACUUCAGGAAAUAUAUAUAUUAAAUGAAAGAUUGAAAAACAUCGGAAGUUGUCUUGCUUUAGCGGACGAUGUAUAUAACGCUGUCUGGGAAAAUGUGGCACAUCUAAUAACUCAUACAUUAGUAGAGGGAUUUUCUAAUGCUAAAAAAUGUUCGAAUGGUGGCAGAGCACUAAUGCAACUCGAUUUUACGCAAUUGAAAUCGAAGUUUGAGACAUUGACUUCUUUAAGGCCAAUGCCUCACAGAGAAUAUGUUGAAUUAUAUAUUAAAGCUUACUAUCUUCCAGAAAAUAGUUUGGAAGAAUGGAUAAGGGAACACAAGGAAUAUUCUGUGAAACAUUUAAUUGGCAUAGUUUCUUCAGCUUGUCAAAAUAAUAAAAAAACUCGUCAGCGUUUAAUUGCAUUCAUAGAAGAACAACGGCCUAGUAGAUAGCAUAGGUCUAUAUAUUAUAAUACAUCUCAAGAUUAUAUCGAAAUAGGAAUUGCAUAAAGGACGAAUUUUUAGGAAUAAUUUGAAAAGAGGAAAAUGAAAAGGAUGUAUUUUCUUCAUGUACAUAUUCGGGAACUUUUACUAUAUCACUAAAGUAAGCAAGCUCAUUUAAGAACUUUAAUUUUCUUGACACUUUUGUUUACUCAGUGCACGGAUUAAAUCCAUCGAUAUGGGCUCUUAAAAGAAUGUUAGUUCGUAAAAUUGAAAGUAUGUGAUAAAGUACGAAAUUGUUAAUUCUGAUGUAUAUCAAUACUAUGUAAGUAAUAUUGGCUAAAGGAAUCUCAUAUCGAAAUUUAGAGUUUCAAUCGAAUUCAUAGAGUAUUAUUAUUACAAUUAACAAUUACAAACUUUUCACAUUAUGUUAAUAAUAUAUAUAUAUAUUAAUAAUUAUAUAUAUAUAUAUAGUUAAUUAUUCAGAUCUAUUACAGCAUUGUCGAAAGUCUGAAUAAAAAAAAUAUCUGCACUUUGAAUCUCAAAGAAGGAAUUUAAUGUUAUUGGAUCUGUUGAUAAAAAAUUUUUGCUCGUCUCGAGCCUUUUCACUCAAUCAUUGUAAAGCAAGGUGUACAUAAUUUUAUUUCAUAUUCAUUUUAUUUUCAUAGCUCUUUUUAUAAUAUAAUAAUUAUAUAUAUAUAUAUAUAUAUAUAUAUAUAUAUAUAUAUAUAUAAUAUGAAAUAUUUUUUAAACAUAUAUAUUAUUCCACAUAAAAAUUGUAGUUUUUAUAAAGUUAUUAUGUUUUAAUAUUUUUAUGACCAGAGUUUAUAAAUCUUAUGAAAAAAAACACAAUCCAUUGUCAGAUUAUCAACUAAAUAGUUGUAAUAAUUUGUAAAUAUUUAAAUAAUUUCUCGAAAUUAAGUGCAAUUAUAACUAUUUUGUUUAAAAAUAUGAUAUUUUACAUUCUGAAAGAAUACUUUUGUAAUUUAAAGGUGUCUUUAUUAUACAAAUAAUAAUAAUAAUAAUAUACAAGUACAUUUUUGCUGGAUUCAUCGGUUUCCAAUUUUGUAAAAAUUAUUAUUAUUUAUCUAUAUAGUAUUCAAUGUAGCAUUACGUUUAUCAUAUAUUUUUAUAUCCUUUAUUUGUACUAAAAACCAAAAAAUUCUAUUGCACCUCUAAUUACUAUUCGCAUUUUAACAUUCAACUUCGUUUUGAGGAAUGUGUUUGUUUGUAGCUAUUAAACAAUUCGAAAAUUCAUAUAAAGCGAUUAAUUAGUUCAUUGUAUGAAUAUCUAUAAUCUGCUUUAUACUACCAUUUUCAAAAUAUAGAAAUAACUAAAAAUACUCUUCCAUAAAUAAUAUUCCAAUAUGAUUGAAAAAUGUUUCGUUCCUUUUUAUUUAAUGACUAUGUAAUUAUAAAAUUGGUUAAUAAUGGUGCAUUGAGAAUUCUCUGGCUAAUAGUAUUAUGGGUCAGCGUUUCCCAAUUUUUUUUAUCUAUGUGGAUCGUAUCUACUUUAAGUAAAAUUUGUUUAAGAUUAAAAGACAGUUCUGCUCUCUAAAUUUAUCUAUUCUUUCGUCUACGGAGUUAAAUUAUGUAUGAAAUAUGGCCUUUAUAUAUUAUCCUUUUAAUUUUUAUGAAAAAAAGAACACGAUCCAUGGAGUGUAAACGUUAAGAAACGCUGAUAAUUGUAUUGAAGUAACCAAUUUCUUCCUUACUCCAAAGCGUUUUAUAUCGAGCCCUGCAUUCUGAAUGGCCCCUGUUAAAACAAAUCGUUGGAAAAUGUAGCUGAUACAUAUAUGUGUGAACUAAACAAUGGAAAUAUGAUGAUACCAAAUGCUUACUUUGACAAUAAGCCUAUUUGACAAUGUUAUUUAUUAAUAUUGCGUUAAAAAACGUAUGCUCUAACUAUAAUGAAAAACGCAUACGCCUUGUUUUUUUUUUUUCUUUCUGCUCAUUUUUAAACCUAAAUUCAGUAUCUUGACUAUAAAUGCUUUUGUUAUUUCACACUGAAUGAAGAAUGAAUAAAUAUAUUACUGCUAGCUAAAACUCGCUUUGUUAUUAAAAAAUUACUAAAAAUAUUUUCUUCAAAUUAUGUAUUAUCUGCUUACAGGAUUCAUUUCAUUUCAAAUUUUGGACAUUUUACUAAUAAAAUGUGUACUCUAUGAUCAAUAAAAUUUCAAUAUUCGAUUAUAUCAAUUAUAAAUGUUUAAUUCAUUCAAAUAAAGUUUAUUGCCAAAAUAUAUUUGUUCUUUUGUAAUAUUAAAACGUGUGUGUUCUUUUUAAAAAAUAACUAUUUUUUUAACAAAGUUAUUUUAGUUACAACUGUUACGUUUCUUUUGUUUUCAAUUACAACUAAAAGAAACAAAUAUGACACAAUAUUAUAAACCUUCUUAUACGAACGAAAUUAGUGAGUAUAAACAUAUACAUAGAGCACUGCUCAAUACUAGCACAUACACCUCGAAAGAACAGCCUAUUGCCUUCUUUCCAAAAUCUGUGUACUGGUUUUAAAUAUGAGCUAAUUUAUCUUGCACAUUAGUUCUCACCAAAAUACAAUACUUAACAUUAAUGGUACGGAUGCCGAGAGAAAGAAUCUAACAAACUUAUUGUAUUUGUAUUAAUUAUUACUGCGGUAAAGUAAUACAAUUUGUUAAAAUACUAAUACCCUAAUUUAUAUUAUAUCAUGGAAUGCAAAUCAAAUGUUGACAUAGAAACAGAGCGAUAGAAUAACGUAUACCAUCGUUACUCUACUUUUAAUCGCUAUGUAAAUAUGAAGCUUGUAGAAAAGGAAGAAUUGAAUGAUGUUGAAAUAUUCGUUUUGUUUAGUUAAUAGCAAAUAUUGAUAAAUAUGUUUAUCACUCUUAUUCUACAUCUUAUUAUCAAAAGGAAAUGAAAUAAGACGCACAUAGAACACUGUCUGGCUCUUUUCUCUGUGACCUAAUUCUAGUUCUGCGUAAUCCGAUCGCUUAACUGGUAAAAAAUAUUGGCAGAUAUAAUGCUGUUACGUUAUUAGUAACAUUGUUUCUAUUUUCUUCCUUUUUCUCUCUCUUGCUUUUGAGCUCAUGGUAUCAAACCCAGUAGCUUACCAUUUGUGCGUACAGAACAACUCCAUUUAUGUAUGUAUAAGUGUACGUUUGUACAUCUAAUGCGUUUCAAUCGAAGUUAAAGCACAAAAAAAUACACAAUGUCAGAAGUUGCACUUUUUUCUCCUUUUCAUCUUUUUCGAAAAAAGAAAAGUUGACUGAUAUGCAUAAAAAGUUGACUCAAAUGGAAGACGAUUAUUAAAAAAAGAAAAAAAGAACUGACUGUCACUACGAAUAUUUUUUAAAAAUGAGAUUGAUAGCAAAAAUUUAUCAAAGGAAUAUUUCUGUGCUGUAUAAAGUCAUUAAUGUAAGUGCUUUGAAUGUUUACUCACAUAUAUCAGUGGGAUUAUAUGUAUAAAUAUUAUGUGUGAUACAUAUUACAUAGCAUGGAUAACAACCAGUGAUGAAUGAAUGUUAUGUCCAACUAUUCUGGACGAUAUUUUAAAUUAACUAUUGCAUAAAUGAUAAUUUCAAAUUGUAAAGAUACUUUUUCUGAAUGUAUCUCUUAAUCUCAUAAGUAGCUCUUACAACUUUUUGUAUUCUCUUAUAAUUAGUACCCCGUAAUGCGGGAUAUGUACGCAAAUAUAUAUAUAAAUUAUAGUAAAAUGUUGGAUGUGAUAAUCUAAUCAAUAUUGUUGUAUUAACUAUUUUCACGGACUUUAGUAAACAGUUAGUAACAAAGUCUAUAUCUUUUGGUACUUUGAUAAAUUUCUAUUUAUAUAGUAUUAAUAUUACUGAAACGCACCAUUUGAUGUUAAUGGUUACUUUACGUUUGCUGUAGUACAUUGGAAAUGAUUUCCUCUUUCUCUCUCUCUUUCUCUCUCUCUCUCUCUUUCUCUCUCUCUUUCUCUCUCUCUCUUUCGCUCUCUGUCUUAUGGAUCAUAAUGAUCAUUAUCAGUUUUGUUACAGAGCCUCUACAUGAUAAAUAAAAAU